AAAUAAGGAAUCUGUGUUGAUGUAUUUUCUCAUUUUUAUGUUUCACAUACAUGGCAAAACAUGUUAUGGAAAAGAAACACAAAUGUGGAAAGUGUUAUCUAUACAACAUAUAUAUCGUUAUCACACAUAUGGCAAGAGAAAACAUAAUUAUGAUUUGUGUGAAUUACUUUUUCUAAGAUAAGACUUUACACACUAGUGAUAAUGAAUAAGUGUUAAUUGUGUGACCAUGAGUAAAGAAGUAGUUUAAUCAUACACUGUACAGAAAAUACCUUGAUCUUUUAUUUGCAAUAAUUAUUUAACUAAUAUUUGACCUUCAACUAAUAAAAUUAUAAAUGUGGACAAUGCAAAAAAAGCCGAUCAAUUACAUCUAAAUUCUUUCUACUUUCUAACAACAUUUGACAAUGCCAAUGACUCAAGUGUCUAUUUAUUUUUUGCAAGCUUAUGUCGGUGUAACAAAGUAUUUAAAGUAGGUUAAUAAUGUAUUGCAAUACAUAGAGGAUAUUUGUUUAGUUCAGUGUAAGGUCGAAAUAUAUUUCACCCAGUGAGCACCAAAAGGUAUAUUUCACAGUGGCGCAGCCACGAGUGAAAUAUGAACUUUUGGUGUUCACAAGAUGAAAUAUAUUUAGAUCUUACACUAAACUAAACAAAUUUUCUUUUUAUUAUAUGCAAAGAAACGUUUUAAAAAGACAUUAAACCUAAUACUGGAUGAAAAGCGCGCCUAAUAAUAAAACGUGACGUCUUUUACGACGUCAUGUCAUUAAGUUGGUUCCCAGUACUGUGCACGCAGGUAUUUCACUGAAACAACGUAAGGGGGCGGGCUUAAAUUCAAAAACAGUGAAAUUAUCAAAUUGACAAUUUCACUGUUUAAAAGGGUGAGGUAAGAAAACCUGUUAGAUUUUGUCAAAUAAAAUAGGGACAUCAAAUAUCAUUUGACAAUAAUCAUCUUGAUACAAAUCUAAACAUUUGUAAAAAAAAAAAUAUACAGAAAUUUAACCAUGCCUUUUUCAAUUUAUAAUUAUUUUAAGUUGUUCCCCUAUCCACCAAUUUCAAACAAUUUACAGUAAAAAAUAUGCAUAAUACUUUUUUCUCAAUUUCAGAUUUUAUCAGAGACGUUAAAAUACAUGUAUUUAUAUGUCUCUGAUUUUAUAUAAAAAUAAGAGAAAACAUCAAACAUGAAGAAGAAGAAAAAAAAAACAUUAGAAAAAAUGCUUCCACGCCGUAUAGAAACUCUGUGUCCUCACUGAAAAUGAAUAUAGAAUGAAGACUUUGCAUUAGGCACCCAAUAACCGAAUGACUGUUUGUAGUUUCAUGUUAAAUGUCUGUGUAGAUCAAAUACAGAGGAAUAUGAUUUGAUUUUGUUUUGAUUUUAAGCUAUUGAGUGACAGAUGAAUUAGUUAAGAAAUUUAGAAGACAAAAUGUAAAAUUAGCUUACAUGAGCUUCAAUUUAUGAUCUGUACGAUUGUCAAAUAUGUGAUAAACAGAUAUAAUAAACAUCAUGUGUUUUUUUAGAUGAUAAAGGUCUCCUUUACACCAUGUACAGGUUCUAUCAUGUAAUGGUUAGCACUCUGGACUUUGAAUUCAGUGAUCCGAGUUCAGAUCUCGGUAGAACCCAUUUUUUUUAAUAAUUGUGAUUUUUUUUUAUCUUUUCAUUUUUAGCUCGACUAUUCGAUAAGAAUAAGUGGAGCUAUUGCAGUCACCCGAGCGUCGGCGUCGGCGUAACCACUUAUGUUAAAGUUUUUGUAAUAGUUCAAAUAUUUUCAAAGUCCAUUGACAUAUGGCUUUGAAACUUUGCACACUUGUUCAACAUCAUGACCCCAACCUGUAAACAGGAGGAGGUAACUCUAUCAAGCAUUUUGACAGAAUUAUGCCCCUUUUUCGACUUAGAAUUUACGUUAAAGUUUUUGUAAUAGUUCAAAUAUUUUCAAAGUCCAUUGACAUAUGGCUUUGAAACUUAACACACUUGUUCACCAUCAUGACCCCAACCUGGAAACAGGAGGAGGUAACUCUAUCAAGCAUUUUGACAGAAUUAUGCCCCUUUUUCGACUUAGAAUUUACGUUAAAGUUUUUGUAAUAGUUCAAAUAUUUUCAAAGUCCAUUGACAUAUGGCUUUGAAACUUUGCACACUUGUUCACCAUCAUGACCCCAACCUGUAAACAGGAGGAGGUAACUCUAUCAUGCAUUUUGACAGAAUUAUGCCCCUUUUUCGACUUAGAAUUUACGUUAAAGUUUUUGUAAUAGUUCAAAUAUUUUCAAAGUCCAUUGACAUAUGGCUUUGAAACUUUGCACACUUGUUCACCAUCAUGACCCCAACCUGUAAACAGGAGGAGGUAACUCUUUCAAACAUUUUAUUUACUAUCAAGCACUAAGAAUAGUCGAGCGUUGCUGUCCUACCGACAGCUCUUGUUAUACUCAAUUAUUGGCCAAAAAAGACUUCUUAAGUUUAAUAUGAUCAUAUAAAGCAACAUGUCGGCUUCUUCAUUCAUUGCACGAUCCGUGUAAAUAUAUAUCUUAAAAGAUAUAUAUGUAUAUACAAUUAUAUUUUUCCAGCUUCUAUAGCUGGACUCCUGUUAAUUACAUUGUACCAUAUUUAUAAAUUUAGUGUUGUUCUAUAGAAGGAAUUUUGGUAAGCUAAACUUGUAGUGAAAUGUAUUUGAACUAUAAUUUCUCUUAAAGAACUCGAUUUUAGGCUUUGAAGUUAAUAUAUUUACCUUGUCAUUGGUCAGGUAAUUGAAUGUAUAUGUGGAUUAAGUGUAGUUAUAGGUUAAUAAAAUUAUAUGUUUAAGUUCUUUUUCCGUAAAAAGAUGGAGACAUAGAACGAAUUGCAUGUCAAUGAAGUAAAAGCUUGUCAUUUACAUAUAAUAUGAAUAAAUAGAGGGUAUUAUGAAUGAGUUAAGCUUCAAUACUAAAUUUAUUAGAUAAGAUAAAUAAAAUUAUUCGAUUAUUGUUCGAGCCUCUGGUGAUCAUGAAAUUUGUUAUUCAACAAGUUUAAUGAAUUUAGUUUUGAACAUAUACGAAACUAAUAUAAUACAUUUUAUCACAUUACGAAAUAAAACGCAAAACCUUCACAAAUUGUACAUCUAUACAGUGGUACGAUUUCGCCAUAGUACGUAUCCUCUCCAAAUUCUUACAUAGUUACUCCCCUUUGAUAAAUGAUCGUCAUUGACCCUGCACAAAAAUUUCCUUGAACUGUUUUCUCUCGUGGAAAUACCAGAUAAGAACAUAUCUAUUUCGAUAUUUCUCUCAGAGCAGCUUCUGAUCUAAGAAUACAAUAUUCAAUAAUAAAAGCAUCAUACUGGCGUCAUUUUAAAGUCUUACUUCCAGCAAUGAAAUAAAAGCUGACAAGAUGGACAGUAAUCUAAACAUAGACACACUUUGUGAGAAAUUAUCACCUGAAUUGCAAAAAAGUGGUGUUCAAAGAAAUAAGAUACUCAGUCCGUGUAAAAUGACACAUAGAUGUUAUAUUUGUGAUAAAACAUUUACUCAACGAAGAUCUCUGAAAACACAUAUGACAAUACAUACUGGCGAGAAGAAUCAUGUAUGUAAAAUUUGUGAUAAAGCAUUUUCUGAUCGAAGUUCUUUGAAUAGACAUAUGAGAAUACAUACUGGCGAGAAGAAUCAUGUAUGUGACAUAUGUGAUAAAGCAUUUUCUCAACGAAGUAAUUUGAUCAAUCAUAUGACAAUACAUACUGGCGAGAAGAAUCAUGUAUGUGGCAUAUGUGAUAAAGCAUUUUCUUAUCGAAGUCAUUUGAUGACUCAUAUGACAAUACAUACUGGCGAGAAGAAUCAUGUAUGUAAAAUUUGUGCCAAAACCUUUUCUCACCGAAUUUCUCUGAAUAUCCAUAUGACAAAACACACUGGUGAGAAGAAUCAUAAAUGUGAAAUGUGUGAUAAAAAAUGUUCUCAACGAAGUAAUCUAAAUACACAUAUGACAAUACAUACUGGCAAGAAAAAUCAUGUAUGUAACAUAUGUGAUAAAGCAUUUUCUCAACAAAAGUCUCUCAAUACACAUAUGACAAUACACACUGGCAACAAGAAUCAUCGAUGUAAACUAUGUGAUAAAACAUUUUGUCACCGAAGUUCUCUCAAUACACAUAUGACAUUACACACUGGAGAGAAGAAUCAUAUAUGUAAAAUAUGUGAUAAAGCAUUUUCUCAACAAAUUUAUUUGAUCAAGCAUAUGACAAUACAUACUGGCGAGAAGAAUCAUAUUUGUAAAAUAUGUGAUAAAGCAUUUUCUCAACAAAGUAAUUUGAUAAGGCAUAUGACAAUACACACUGGCGACAAGAAUCAUAGAUGUGACUUGUGUGAUAAAGCAUUUUCUCACCGAAGUAGUUUGAUCAACCAUAUGACAAUACACACAGGCGAGAAGAAUCAUAUAUGUAAAAUAUGUGAUAAAGCAUUUUCCCGUCAAAGUCUUUUGGUCAGGCAUAUGGCAAUACACAAUGGGGAGGAAAAAUUAUGAAUGUAAAAUGUGUGAUAGAUCAUUUUCUCAAGGAAGUUGUCUGAAUAAACAUAUGACAUUACAUACUGGCGAAAAGAAUCAUGUAUGUGACAUAUGUGAUAAAGCAUUUUCACAACGAAGUAGUUUGAUCAACCAUAUAACAAUACACACUGGCGAAAAGAAAUAUAGGUGUGACAUAUGUGAUAAAGCAUUUUCACAACGAAGUCAUUUGAAAACGCAUAUAACAAUACACACUGGCGAAAAGAAAUAUAGGUGUAAAAUGUGUGAUAAAGCAUUUUCUCAGCAAAGUCCUUUGGUCAGGCAUAUGACAAUACACAAUGGGGAGAAAAAUUAAGAAUGUAAAAUAUGUGAUAGAUCAUUUUCUCAACGAAGUUCUCUGAAUAAACAUAUGACAUUACAUACUGGCGAAAAGAAAUAUAGGUGUGAAAUGUGUGAUAAAGCAUUUUCUCAGCAAAGUCCUUUGGUCAGGCAUAUGACAAUACACAAUGGGGAGGAAAAAUUAUGAAUGUAAA